AUGUGUGUUGUUUUCGACUGCGAGGACAAAGGCGACGAAGGCGCAGCAAUUAUACAGGGUUUGGCAUUCUCUGCCACAGACAGCUUUGGAUAUUUCCUACUGGCGAGCGAAUACACCCAACGAAGCCUUGUUCAUGAACGUGAUAUUUUGAAUGCCUUUUCCGGUAUUUUGCAUAAGAUUCACGGCUCAGAACACCACUUUGGCUUGCCAUUACACAACUUUAGUUCUGCUUCAUGGGGGAAGACUGUGGAUGGAAAAUAUCCUUCGCGACCCAAGUCUGCGGUGGGUUGUUUUCCAUCAUGUUCAUGGUCAUCUGUUGCGAAUAAAAUAGAUUUUGAUUGCCGUACACGGAGUUGGUACGAUACUUUCAAUGUCGCUGCAUCUUUAGCACAAUGUGCAACCCCUACUUUCAAGGACGACAAGCAAUUGCUCAGCAUCUUGUGUUGUUUUCUUGGAAAGAGGGAUGCUUUCAUGGAAAACUUCCAGAAGAGUUUGAUUCCAAAGCUACAUGGAAAGAAUAUGAUGCUCGUAUCUAUGCGAGCUGGAACGAUCUCGGCGAUAUGUGUGACGAAGCACAUUCUGUUUAUAGCAGAUCCACCGAAAAUGAGUGGAGGUGUUGAAGAGGGAGGAUUCCCAAAUGAAAUUAAUGGUUGUAUGGACAAAUCACAACGGUAUUAG